ACAGACAAUACCACAGAAAUCAAAAAGAUUUUCGUUUUUUAAUUGUAUUUGGUGAUGAUAACUUGGGUGUUUAGAAAAGGUUAGGCAGGUUGAAUAUCAAGUUCUCACUCAAAGCUUUUGCCCGACUGAGUCACUCUCAGCCAACGCACUAUAAACCACUUGUACCUACCAUUGCAGAUCAGCUCUGUCAAUCAAACCAGCAAAUACAACAUCCUUUCCCUUCUCUUUUAAUCUUUCUUGUCUUCUCUUUCACCUCGCUUUGUUGUCCAUCAGUUGAGGAUUCUUGUCAGCAAAUAACGCAUGGCAGAGGAAGAACCCAAGAAGGUUGAAACCGUAACCCCCUCGGAGCAACCACCUCCCGAAGCCCCCAAAGACGUUGCGGAGGAAAAAUCGGUAAUCCCACCUCCUACCUCUGAAGAAAAACCUGCUGAGUCCGCCGCACUCCAAAAGGCGGUGGAACCGACUGAGGAAAAGAGCACGGAGAGUACUGUGGACCGAGAUGCUGUGCUUGCUAGAGUUGCGACAGAGAAGCGAAUUUCGCUGAUCAAAGCUUGGGAAGAGAGUGAAAGAAGCAAAGCUGAAAACAAAGCUCAUAAAAAACUUUCCUCUAUCGAGGCAUGGGAAAACAGCAAGAAAGCUGCUCUGGAAGCUGAGCUGAAAAAGAUUGAGGAAAAACUAGAGAAGCAGAAAGCUGAGUAUGUGGAGAAAAUGAAAAACAAAAUAGCCUUAAUCCACAAGGAAGCAGAAGAGAAGAAAGCUAUGGUUGAAGCCAAGCGUGGGGAAGAUCUUCUCAAGGCUGAGGAGAUAGCUGCCAAGUACCGUGCCACCGGAACUACUCCGAACAAGGUCCUUGGUUGUUUUUGAGGGUCAAAUUCCUCUGGUUUAGGAAAUGGGAUCUUUUGUAUAUUUGCUUUUAGGAUGUCUUUGGUUUGGUUUUAUGUAGUGAAGCAUUGGCCAUUGUUCAUUAUUCUGUGUGUGUAUAUAGAUAUAGUAUUAUACCAUUUGGAACAAAUUACUUAUUGAUUUGUAAGUAACAAGUUUGAUGUAAUAAUGUUCGACUCAUGUAGAUUAUAGAUUGAAGUACAUUAUUUAUGUUUUAAUAUUUACAA